AUGACACCUGGAGAACUAGCCCUUGCCACUGGCAACUACACCCCAGUUACCCUCUUCAUCUUGCUGGGAUUCUCCAGUUAUCCAGACCUCCAGAAGAUUCUUUUUGGAGUCUUCCUGCUCAUCUAUGCCGUGACCGUGGUGGGCAAUCUGGGAAUGAUGGCACUCAUCUUCACAGACCCCCAUCUCCACAGCCCCAUGUACUUCUUUCUCAGUGUCCUCUCUUUUCUUGAUAUUUGUUACUCUUCUGUGGUCACACCCAAGCUGUUAGUCAACUUUCUCGCCUCUGACAGGUCCAUCUCUUUCAAGGGCUGUGUGGUCCAGAUGACCUUCUUUGUGAUGCAUGCGACGGCUGAGAGCUUCCUGCUGGCCUCCAUGGCCUAUGACCACUUCAUGGCCAUCUGCGGACCCCUCCAUUAUGCUUCUGUCAUGACGAAGGGGACCUGUCUCUGGCUGGUGGCUGCUUCCUAUGCAUUUGCUAGAGCUAAUUCCGCUAUCCAGACUGGGAAUGUCUUCACCCUGCCUUUCUGUGGGCCCAACCAGGUACCACACUACUUCUGUGACAUCUAACCUCUUCUCCUCCUGGCUUGUGCCAACACAGCCAUGGCCGACGUGGUCCUCUAUAUCUUCUCUGCUCUGGUUACCUUUCUCCCUGCUGCCCUCAUCCUCACCUCCUACAGCUUGGUCUUGGUGACCAUUGGGCGGAUGCGCUCAGCAGCUGGGAAGGAGAAAGCCCUCUCCACAUGUGCCUCCCACUUCCUGGCCAUUGCCAUCUUCUAUAGCACGGUGAUUUUCACCUAUGUCCAACCUCAUGGAUCUACUAAUGACACCAGUGGCCAAGUAGUAUCUGUCUUCUACACCAUCAUAACCCCCAUGCUCAACCCCUUCAUCUAUAGCCUCCGCAACAAGGAGGUGAAGGAUGCCCUGCAGAGGAAGCUCCAGGUCCACAUGUUUCCCUGCUGA